AUGCUAGGUUCAAUUAUCAGGACAGGCGUUUUUCUUUUGGCUAUAACGGCAGCCAUUGCUGCUGAGGACAACAUCAAGCUUCCCCCAAACGAGCUCAAGGUUGACACCACAUACCUUCCGUCUUCGUGCCCUCAGAAAACGAAAUCGGGAGACACGAUUCAGGUCCAAUAUACCGGAAGACUUUACCACAAUGACAAGGUUUUCGACUCUAGCUACGAUCGGGGGGAACCCUUUGAAGUAAUGCUUGGCGCUGGCCGUGUUAUUCGUGGUUGGGAUCUCGGGCUUCAGGAUAUGUGCAUUCAUGAGAAACGAACUCUAACUAUACCGUCCUACCUAGCUUACGGUCCCCGUGGCUACGGUGCUAUCCCUCGCAAUGCCGCCUUAAUCUUCGAUGUCGAACUUGUUGGACUUGACAGCACGCCUCAUGACAUCUAAAGCAACGCUUGGUAAUGAUACUAUCGUACAACCCUCAGUGAAACAUAGAGUGAAACAUCUCGAUUGUAACGCUCUCCGAUGGCUCCCCUUCGUACUUUUAGUAAUAAAAACUAUAUC